AUUGUUCGUCGUUUGCUCGAAAUUUAUCUGCUGAACACCGGUUUCUUCUCACGUAGACAAGAGUUGUCAUUGAUCUGUAAGGGUCUGAGAAAGACGCUUGUGGGAACUAUAACUUACACUCAUUUUCAAAAAGCCUGUCUUACUAGAAAAUACUUGGAUUACUUCAUGUGCAAUAUGACUUUUGAGGAACUAAGUGGAGAUCAGACUACAGAAAGCAUGGAUACAGUGGGGAAAGCCCUUGAAGAAGUUAUUAGCUCUGCAUUACCUCAAGGAUGCAUAACUGUUGGCGUUUACGAGGCGGCAAAGUCACUCAACGUUGAUCCAGACAAUGUGGUUUUAUGUUUGCUGGCUACAGACGAAGAGGAUUCCCAGGACGUUGCUCUGCAAAUCCAUUUCACCUUAAUUCAGGCAUUCUGCUGUGAAAAUGACAUUAACAUCUUAAGGGUGAACAACAUGAGGUGUCUGGCAGAGCUCGUGGGUGGAGUGAAGCAAGGAGGGGAGCCCAUGGACCUCCACUGUGUUUUAGUCACUAAUCCACACGGAUCUACAUGGAAAGAUCCAGCUCUGAGCAAAGUGAAUGGAUUCUGCAAAGAGAGCCGCUGUUUGGACCAGUGGGUGCCGGUGAUUAACCUUCCAGAAAGAUGAUGCAAAGGGGAAACAAAGACUUUUUCAAGGAAUCACACUGGAUUUGCGUAAUUCUCAGGAGAAAAUCCCCCAAGCUGAUGCAAAACAUUUUAUAAAGUGACCAGGAGGGGAUGGAGUUCAGUUCAACUACAGGAAUGGAUGCUCUGCCCAGUGAAGAGUUGUGACCUGGCAGUUUGGGCACCGCUAGGACUGGGGGGGGGGGGAAACAAAACAAGUUCAGUUAAAACUGAUUUGUACAGAGAAACAGAUACAGGAAACAGAAUCUUGUGGGGGGCCUAAUCAGCAUUUACUGGAAAGAGAUUUGACAUGUGUGAUCUGGUAAACAGCAGGAUUGAUGCAGUAGCGGUGACAUGUGGUUUGGGACUGAUUUAAGGAGAUGUGAUGGAGUCAAGGAUUUUUUUUAUAUAUAUAUAUAUAUUUGAGAAUUUAAUAUUAUUUAAUGGGGGGGCUAAAGAAUAGGAAACAUGGAAUUUAAUGUUUUAGUUUUUUUCAUUGAGAAAUGUUAAUAUUCUGGCCUUUCUUUCAGAAUGUGCUUUUGAAGUUAUUUAAUUUUUUAUAUGAAUUCAAAUGUAUUUGUGUUUACAUUUUCAAACAUCAUAAUACCUGUAAAUAACUGGCAUGAUUGUAACAUUUGUUUUAAUAAACUAUUUAAACUCAA